UACUUUCGCUCCUGCUGAAAGUCGGUCGGUCUCCGAGAGCAGCACUCAGUGGAACUUUCUGAGGCUCUGCCUCCAGUUUUCCCGUGGAAUUACUGCACAAUUUCCCGCCUCACGGCCCGGAAGUUGAUCCCUGACGAAGGAGAGGAGAACCAGUGUUGUGCUUUAAGCCCACCAGACAGCGUGAAGACCGAGGCCUGUAUUUAUAUAGCAAAAUGCAACAAUUCUCCCUCUACUUUGCCUUCAUCCUAGUCAUCCUGAUAGGCAACAGCGAAGCCAAACGAGGAUGUAGUCUCUACGGCCACUCCUGCUACGGCGGUCACGGCAAGAGAUCCACUCUUCCCCGGCUAGCUGACGGCCUGUCCCUCGACGCGGCUCCCAGCCCACUCCUGAAGCUCCUACGAGACACCAGUCGACCCUACCCGCCCUCCCUCGUCGCCGACUACCCAGACCUGUACGAGAAUGACAACGAACCGGACAAUUUACGAGUGGUGAAGGACUUCAAUCGUGCCAUUUUCACCCUCCUGAGACAACUGGCUGAAAAUCGAAUGAGAAAUCCCGCCGAUGUGGAGAACCACCAGAAUCCGGAUGCAAAUGAAUUCUACAAAACCACCACCGCAAACAACAAUAAUCAGAUCCACAACAUUUAACUCUCCUCUCUCCCUUUGCCUUGACAUUGGACGCAUGAGAGGAAGGAAAAAUGUUUAGAUUGUAUAUAAGAUGACUUCUUUCUGCAGAUGGAGCGUAGGGAAAAAGGGUUUCUGGCGAAAAUACCAACAGAAUGCUGUGGCUGGGAGCAUUUUCUUGGCUUUUUCGCCAUCAUAGUCAUUGCCCACACAUGAAAACAGGCUGGAGGAGCCGCUAAAAUAAAUAUUUAAAUGUUCUCUUUUUGGCUGCUGUAGCAAUGUAUCCUCAGACGUGUAUUUGAAGAAUAAAAGAUGAUUAAA